AUGGCGAUGUUCCGCAGCCUGGUGGCCUCGGCUCAGCAGCGGCAGCCAGCGGGGGGGCCCGCGGGCGGCGACAGCGGCCUGGAGGCGCAGUACAGCUGCCCCAUCUGCCUGGAGGUCUACCACCGGCCCGUGGCCAUCGGCAGCUGUGGCCACACGUUCUGUGGGGAGUGCCUCCAACCAUGCCUGCAGGUACCAUCCCCCCUGUGCCCGUUGUGCCGCCUGCCUUUCGACCCCAAGAAGGUGGACAAGGCCACCCACGUGGAGAAGCAGCUCUCGUCCUACAAGGCACCCUGCCGGGGCUGCAGCAAGAAGGUGACACUGGCCAAGAUGAGGGUGCACAUUUCCUCAUGCAUGAAGGUCCAGGAGCAGAUGGCCAACUGUCCCAAGUUUGUCCCUGUGGUGCCCACAUCCCAGCCCAUUCCCAGUGCCAUCCCUAACAGGUCAACCUUCACCUGCCCUUACUGUGGCGCCCGCAACCUGGACCAGCAGGAGCUGGUGAAGCACUGCGUGGACAACCACCGCAGCGAUCCCAACCGUGUGGUGUGCCCCAUCUGCUCAGCGAUGCCCUGGGGUGACCCUAGCUACAAGAGCGCCAACUUCUUGCAGCACCUGCUCCACCGGCACAAGUUCUCCUAUGACACUUUUGUGGACUACAGCAUCGAUGAGGAAGCUGCCUUCCAGGCCGCCCUGGCCCUGUCUCUCUCCGAGAACUGA